CCAGGGCCUUGUUGACUCUCUGCUCACCCAGGAUUCAUCGUUGCGGCCAGCACCAAGAGUCGCCUUCGAAUGGCCUCAAGUAAGCUGAUCUGCUGAACAGGCUACCGCCCUCGUUCUUGGGUACGCCACGGAGCAGUGCUGCACUCUUGUCCAUGGCUAGCGCUGCCAACUGAAGAUGAACCCUUAUGAGGCGGACCCCGCCAAAAUCCUGGCCCCGGAUCUUUACGCUGACGUGCCUCUGUUCGGCCGCUACUCUCCUCGGGAAGAUGACCUCCAGCCCAAUGCGAAGUAUUUCAUGUCCACUUCACCCGAGUCACUGGAGUACUGGUCAUCUGUGCUUGAUCUUUGCGAUGCGUCGACCAGGAUGGUUGAAGGGCUUGAAGGGGGUCGAGAGGUUUUCGCUCUCGGCAGCAUUGUCGUGAAGUCAAGCCACAUCACCCGCGAUCAACAAGGCAGGCGGUCUAGGCGUGGCCACUCGUUUGGCGAUGUGAACGAAGUUGCUGCUUCAAGUCUAGCCAGAGAAGCCAUCCCAGAUAUCCGGAUUCCUCGCAUUUACUUUGCGGGCAAGAUUAGUGACUGGGAUAUCAUCGUGCAGGAGAGGAUACCUGGCGUCGCUCUCAAAGUCGCAUGGCAAUACCUUUCGAUGGCUCAGAAGAUGUCCUUCAAAGAGCAGGCCCGCGAUAUCUUGAGGAGACUGCACAAGAUCCAACCGCCGCCUGGCCUUACUUGCCGUUCAUAUAUUGUUCCAGAUCCCGAUCCUGGUCGCCAUAGAGGCAUUCAGCAACUGGAAUACGACAUCAUCUUCUCUGCGAAGAAUAAUGACGCGGAUUUUGGGUUCAUGCAUAAUGACCUCAACACGUCCAACAUCAUCGUCGACAACGACAGGAUCGUUGGGCAUAUCGAUUGGGAAAUGGCGGGUUUGGGUGGGUGGAAGGCCGCGGCCGAAGUACAUGCAAAGAUCCGAUGUCCCCAGGCCGAGUCCUAUGCCCAUCUCAACCCGCCCUUGCCUAAAGAGCUGUUGGAUGACAUCCUGUUCUGGAACGGCCUCUAUGAUAUAUAGAGCACCUCGGGGCACCUAUAAGCAUAGGAUUGAUCGGUGCGGUUUGCGACCUGUUAUAUACCACACCAAGAGAUCGGUAUUAUGAGGAUUCGCAUUGAGGAGGUGUGUCUGAAAUCUCGCUGUUUGGUUGGGUGCAUUGG